GCCCGUGGAAACGUUUGUUUGAAAAAAUUGUCAAAUUUUGUCAAAACUCCAAAAUGCGUAAAUCAAAUUUCAAGUUGUGCUUAAUAAUGUGAUAAUUUUUUUAAUUCAAAAUUUUACGUAUUAUUCGUUCCAUUCUCGGCAUGAGCCGAUCUUGCUCAAGGUCCGGCUGUAGGCACAUUCCGGUUAGCGUAUACUGCGGGAAAAAAGGUAGGAGUAGAAGUCGUAGGAGAAGAAGCAGUCGGAAAUGCAGAUCCAGAUUCAGAAGAAGGAGAUCCAGUCGUCGGUCAUGUGGAAAACGAUCUCGUAGGAGAUCCAGGAGAAGGAGGGGGCGCAAAUGUAGACCAGGAGUAAAAACAAAAAACCCUUUCCUUAACUACUUGCGAGUGUUCAGGAAGAAACACUGUCGAUGGCCUCAAAGUAAAAUUGCGGUGGAAGGCGCAAAAUGCUGGUGUAAGAUGAAUGACCAAGAGAGGCACAAAUUCUAUAAACAAGCAUGCAGUAUGAGGAAGAAAGGUAAGGGGAAACGUAGACGACGGAAAUCUCGAUCGAGAGGUCGUUGUGGGAAACGUAGACGAAGAAGCAGAAGACGCAAGAAGAAGACCUGCCCCAUGUAAACGCUGGACGUAUCUGGAUGUUGGUAACAGAAAAGUUUCAAAAUAUGUAUUGCCGUAGUGUGUCAUACCAGUAAAUGUCUUUGGAUAA